AGUUUACCGACAGGUUGCAUGGCUUACUGGCGCUCGCGACACGUCUCAAGCCACGGCACGCAACGGAGCGACCAACAAGAGCGCGUUCUUUCAGACUAGGCAGCAGCAUCGCUAGAUGAGCUAUCUAGAGACUUGGUGCAUCAUCCUCUUCACGUUUGUUGCAACGCCAGAGACUUGAGACUUCCGAGCAGCGACUGGCUUGAACUCCAGUCGAAGAAGAAGGCGGAGUCUUAACUUAUUAAAAGGAACUCGCCGAAGCUCGGUCGCAAAUAUGAUGAUGAUGUCUCUGAACAGCAAGCAGGCAUUCGCCAUGCCUCACACCAGUUUGGCCGAACCCAAGUACUCCAGCUUGCAUUCCUCGUCCUCCUCCUCUACUCUGACUUCCAACGCGCCCUCGUCCUCCUGCUCCUCGUCCAGACACAGCAGCACGAUCAGCAGCAGCGGCGGCGGCAGCUCGGAGGCGAUGCGCCGAGCAUGUCUCCCAACCCCACCGAGCAAUAUAUUCGGUGGAUUGGAUGAGAGUUUGUUGGCCCGCGCGGAAGCUCUGGCGGCGGUGGAUAUAGUCUCGCAGACCAAAAGCCAUCAUCACCCACCUCAUCACAGCCCCUUCAAGCCGGACGCAACCUACCACACCAUGAACACGCUUCCGUGCACCUCCUCGUCCUCCUCGUCGUCCGUGCCCAUCUCGCACCCGUCAGCUCUGGCGAGCCAUCACCACCACCACCACCAUCACCAUCACCAGCCGCACCAGGCACUGGAGGGCGACCUGCUGGACCACAUCACCCCGGGACUGGCCCUCGCCGGAGCCAUGGCCGGGCCAGACGGCUCGGUGGUCUCCACGCCUGCGCACCCUGCCCACAUGGCAGGCAUGAACCACAUGCACCAAGCUGCCAUCAACAUGGCUCACGCCCAUGGGCUGCCAUCCCACAUGGGCUGCAUGAGCGACGUGGACGCAGAUCCCAGGGACUUGGAGGCAUUCGCUGAGCGCUUUAAACAGCGUCGGAUCAAACUCGGCGUGACCCAAGCGGAUGUAGGGUCAGCGCUGGCCAGCCUGAAGAUUCCUGGCGUUGGCUCUUUAAGCCAGAGUACCAUCUGCCGGUUUGAGUCGCUCACGUUGUCCCACAACAACAUGAUCGCCCUGAAGCCCAUCCUGCAAGCCUGGCUGGAGGAGGCAGAAAAGUCGCACCGGGAGAAACUCAACAAACCCGAGCUCUUCAACGGGGCCGAGAAGAAGAGGAAGCGGACCUCCAUCGCGGCCCCUGAGAAAAGGUCCCUCGAAGCGUACUUUGCUAUUCAGCCGCGUCCAUCCUCAGAAAAAAUCGCAGCAAUCGCAGAGAAGCUGGACCUCAAAAAGAACGUAGUGCGGGUCUGGUUUUGCAACCAGAGGCAGAAACAAAAACGCAUGAAAUACUCGGCCUGCGUCUAGCUCGAGUAGAAGACCAACACAACGUGUCGAGAGACUCCUAAAACUGUUUAAAGACGAUUUGUAAAAU